AUGUCGGCGGUCACCGCACGCGCCGCCGCGCCGAGCGCGACGCACGCGCACUACCGUCGUCGCGCACCCGCGCGUGUCGCCGCGCGCCCGCGCGCCUCGACCGACGGUGCGUCGAAGGCGUCGUCGUCGUCGUCGUCCGAGGACCCAUCCGACUCGGGCCCGAAUCACGUCGUCGUCAUCCCGGGCUUCCUCAGCGGCUCGGACGCGUACGGCGGCAUGGCUCGCGCGCUCGAAGCCACCGGGUGGUUCACGUCCGUCACCGUCGUCCCGAUCACGCGCGACAUGUGGUACCCGACGCUCCUGGGCGGGGACUUCGCGCCGAUGCUCGACGCCAUCGAAGCCACGGUUCGAUCGAUCGGCGAGACGAACGACGCCGACCGCGAUGCGAACCCGCGACGCGACCUCUGCGUCGUGGGACACAGCGCCGGCGGAUGGCUCGCGCGGCUGUGGAUGGGCGACGCGCCGUACGUGAACGGCAGAGUUUACGGAGGGGCUCCGCGCGUCAAGACGCUGCUCACCCUCGGCACGCCCCACAACUCCCUCGAGGAGUACCCAUUCGGACGAGUCCCGGAGCGACUCGCCGACGUCGUGAAGACGGGUUCGAACGGUUCGAGUGCCGAGGGUGCCGAGGGUGCCGAGGGUGCCGAGGGCGCGCACCCGGUGUGGACCGCGCAGAGGGCGCGCACGAGUUCGUUAUCGCUGACCAACUUCUUGUACCCGGGCGCGUGGGCCGCGCCGGGAGUUCGCUACGUCUCCGUGCGAGGCGACGCGAUCGCCGCCGCGUCCAUCGUCGACGUCGCCGUCUUCCUCACCCUCGGCACCCUCGGCAACUUCGGCACCCUCGGCACCCUCGGGGAGGUGGCGGCGUGCGUCGGCGCUGGGGUGAGCUACCGCACAGCCACGGGCGGUGACUCAGCGCCCGGUGACUCACCGCCCGGCGUCCUUCGCGGAGACGGAGUCGCGCCGGUUGAAGCCGCGACGCUGGACGGGUCGGAGCGCGUCACGCUCGUCGGGGUGCCGCAUCAGGCGACUUCCUCCAGAGGGGACGGGGAUGUCGAGGGUGCCGAGGUCGAUUCCCGAGGGCGGUGGUACGGGUCCCCGCGCGUGGUUACCGCUUGGGCGAGGCGUUUGUUGGAGCCAACGCCUGGCGGGGAGGAGACGGUGUUUGAAUGGGAAAUCGCGGGUAAGGGGAUGCACGCACGGACGGCGGAUGAGAACAAACGGCGUUACGAUAAGGGCGAUAAGGCCGACGUCGCGCCUCGCGGUUCGUACGACGCGACGGCGCUCGCGUCCGCGCUCGAGGCGGCGUUGAAUGGCGGGUCGGAUACGCUGGAAAACGUCGACGUCGCCGCCAUCGCGCCCUUCGCCGGCGUCGACGAUCGAAGGACCGUUUCGUCGACCGUCACGACCGUUUCGAGCUCAUCAGCCGCCGGGUCGCUGCUGUGGCAGUGCUGCCUCGCCGCUCGCAACCGCGUCCCGGGCGCGACGACGAUCGCGCGCGCGCUCCUUCGCGACGCUCGCGCAAAUCCCAACGCGGGCGGCUCACACGGCGGCGCGCCCGGCACAGCUGGCGACGACGAUUUCUUCUCGACGUCGCCGCUGUGGUGGGCGGCGAGCGCGGUGGAGGCUGGCGCCGGCACCGACGCGCUCGACCUCGUGCGCGAGUUGAUCGACGCGGGCGCUGACGUCGACGCGUUUGGUCGGUACGACGGCGUGGAGGGCCCGCCGCUGUGGUGGGCGGCGAUCGCGGCGAGAAACGGGGAGGGUCGGAAUGCCGUCGACCUCGCGAGAGUUCUCAUCGGCGCCCGCGCGUCCGUGCACGUCCGAUGCAGUUACGGUCCGGGCGUGGUGCGAACGUCGCCGCUGGUGUUGGCGGCGCAGGGCGUGCCGGGGAACGGGACGUGCAAGGAGCUGGCGCGUGUGCUCUUCGUCGCGGGCGCGAGGCUGGACGCGGCGGAUGCGGCGGCGCUGGCGCUGUACAGGUUCGGAUCGGCGGUGAGCGUCGUCAAGAGCGAGAUCGGCGCGUGA